AUGUAUUGGAAUGAACGCUUUGAUUUGGAUGAUCUGUGUGUCCAGUUUCCUCUAGACACUCUUAGUAGGAAUAACGUCAAAAACGACAUUCUCCUUCUUUUCAAAAAAUAUUUGAGUAACUCAGAAAGACCUGAUGAUAUUUUUAACAGACUCCAAUUGUCUCAAGGUUCGAUAGGGGUAUGCCGUGUCAUUUGGCCUAAUGAAACAGUAUUGUUCAAGUGUAACGACUGUCAGUAUGAUAGCACUUGUGCUAUAUGUAUUAAUUGUUUCCUAAACUCAUCCCACAUGGGCCAUUCAUGGAGCAUGUCAAAGUCGUAUGGUGGCUGUUGUGAUUGUGGAGAUUCCAGUUCCUGGAAGCUUUCAGGAUCCUGCCAUAGGCAUCAGGGUGUAACCCAUAGGCAGGAUGGGCCAAGAUCUCUAGUCUCUUUCACCUACAAAUUCUACACCAGAUCGCUUGGCCUUAUUGCAGACAUAAUAGCAUUUAUUGACAGGCAUCUACUGACAGUCUCUUCGGCACAACACAAAUUCUCUGCCAUAUUGCUAGAUAUUCUUAAGGAAUUUGCCAAUUUAUUACAUGGGCUGAGAUGGAUAAUCAGCAAUAACAUUUCAUAUAAGAUACUGUGCCGAUGGAUCAAGAGGCACAAGGACUUGGACUUAUCGCUACAAAAGUCAUUUGGGCUUUUUUAUCUUGCAAUGUUCGCGUCUCCGAAGUUUAAGAUUAAGUUUUCCAAGAUAUUUGCUAGGAACUACAUUUCCAUAAUUACGCCUUUUCCAAAUCUUUUAUAUGACAACAUAAUUUUCAGCAUGACCGAAUUAUCAGUACAAUUGUUUACGGUUCCUGAAAUUGCAAUUUCACUUUCAAAAACUGGAUUUCUUUACACCUGCUUACAGCACCUGAAGAAGCUGUUCAAAAUUUUGACCUUCUCAUCUAUUACUCAUAGUGAAUUUAUUGCUAACGGGUUUCUGCAUGAGUGUAUUCAGAUAUGCGCUGAUCUGUCGUUCCUCCUCAAUCACAAGGAAGUGUCCAGGCUUGUAAUCGAAGAUUCCGAAUUGCAUUGUGAACUGUUUAACAUGCUUUCAAGUUAUAACUAUGUAAAUUCUCAAGUCUUACAGGUGGAGCGACACAUUGACAUUCAAAACACUCUAUAUCCCCUCACAUUCAUAAUAGAAGACAGGAUUGUAAACGCCAUACGGCCCCUGUGGCUCAACUUUAAUAUGUCUAAGGAUGAAUUCUCCCCAUCCACUCUCUGGAAAGUCUAUGAGAACUACUUCAAGAGCCUUGUAGCGGAUAUGGAAAUUUCAAAGGGCCUACAAAGCAAGGGUACAGAUGAUGAUAUUUACCUAUGCCGUACAUUUCAUAUACCGCUGAUGCGCUUGCUGCCAAACAUAAUUCAUAUGGACAAAAUAAAAUCACUUUUGAAAGUUCAAUCCAGCUAUACAGACGCUGGAUAUAAUAAUGAAAAUGAUAAAUUCUUGGAUUUGAUCCAUAAAUCCAUGCUCCAUGUUUUGGACCAGUGCAUUAGAUGCCACCUGUUUUACUUGGAAAUAAAAGGAGAGAUUUGGGUAAGAAAUGGCGAUUCUAUGUUUGGGCAGAAUGAAAAGUACAAGAAUAUGGGAUUUCUUGACCGUGAUGUAGCGGUGAUGCAGAUGGCUGCGCUUAUAAUCAAUUUGUUGCCAAAACAAUACACAAAUUACAAUUUUUUACAAAUUUUGGCGGCCAAUUGUUUUCCUUAUAUCGAAAAAUAUGACAAUAUCAGCGACUUUUCUGCUAAGCUUACUUUAGAACAACAAUUUACCCAUGCAUUUGAUCGCCAUUACUACAAAUACCUAGAAUGUUCGUUUAAAUGGUUUUUUAUCAUUUUGUGCAGAUAUUUAUCCAAUGUGGUCCAACUAAUAUCUUACAAUUGGGACUUUAGUUCCCCUUUGAUUGACGUUACAUAUAAUACCCAGUCUAAAUUAAUCCCUGUCGCCAUCGAUACAGACAUUAAUUAUGUAAAAUACUCAUUGUUCAAGAUAGAUCUGAUCCAUUACAUCCACUUUAAUUCGACCAAAAUAACAGAUUUGGUCAAGUACGCUGAACGCAGGUGGCCUAAUGGGGAUUUGUUCAAGGCACUGGAGCAAAUCGGUACUAUUAGGCGUUACGGAAACGGCAGCGCAGACGUUACGUUGAAAUCCAAAUAUUUGUGUCUUAUCGAUAUAUACUGGCCUGGUGAUUUCACUAUUUUUGAUGAAAAUGCAGCUACCAAUAACACAAACUCACAUAAUGCUGAUGUUAUCAACGUAUUUCCUCAAAGCUAUACCCUAUUGCAUAAUGAAGUUAAACAUUCAAUUUACCCCGAUUUGGCACAACUAUUACAAUCGUUAAACACGCUGCGUAGAAGAUUCACGCUGCCGAAUUGUCAAAUGCAGAUUAUUGCUAGGGAGAUAUCCAAAAUUGAUCCCUUAAACACUAGUUUGGAUAGACUGAUUAACACUUUUGACAUUGCAUCAGUUGAUACAAAAACAAAAGAUUCCUUUGAUAGUACUAUGAAUUCACCAAAAAGAUCAGUUCAAACCGAGGCUCUGUCAAAUUUAAAGAGAAAACAGCUCAGUUUUUUGGCCACACUGAAUGAGUCGGAUGAAAGUGAUCUAGAUGAUGAGAUAAGUGCUUAUUGUAUCCUUUGUCAUUCUUCGGGGAAGUUAAUAUUAUUGUGCUACCAAUUGCCUAUGUCAAAACUAUGCAAACAUCCCACCCUCAAUAACUUUUACCCUCUCUUCAGGUGCAUAGAGACUUGCGGUCACGUUAUACACCAAAAGUGCUUAGAAACAUACGUUGCAAAUAGGCGAUAUUCCGACAAGAAAACCUUCCCCUGUCCCCUAUGUAAGUUGCAGGUCAAUCUAACCAUACCUUACAUACACGAAUCAAGUAACAUGAGUGAUGAGGAUUAUGCCGAUACACGAGAUGUUUUAAAAGUUACGUACGUAAGCAAUGCAUUUGUAGCUUCUUAUUGGGAGUUGUUAGUAACAACUUCGUUCAAGCGGAAUUUGUUGAUAUCCAACCACGCAACGAUGCUUUGUCAGCUAAUGAAGCACCAAUACAAGGGCACUAUUAAAUCUGUUCCCACAUCUAACAAUGAAAAUUGUGGCAUGGAUUGCGGUUUGUGGAAGGUAAAUCCAAUAGCAAACCUGAUUCAAUUUAUUUUCACUGGAAAACCAUCGAAGGAUAGUAUACUGGCGCACAUACGUAAGUUGUCUUACAUUGUCAUCGUUCAGUUACUGUUGGAUGAUUACAUUACUCAUCAAAGAGCUCAAUGCGAAAUAGAGUCAGAAACAUCACUAGAAGGGGGUGACAGAUAUUUUAGGCUGAAAAGAUACUUCAAAAAUAUCUUAUCCCUCAGGAAAAAGAUAUGCACCAAUCAAGAUAAUGUCACCGAUAGUUUCAGUGCAGUAGAUAAAAAUUUUGGUUUCAAAAUUGUCAAAAUGGUCGUAUACAUUGUGAAAAUCAACCUCAUAGGGACACAAAGGAAUAGGAAGGAAGAACUUUCAGCUAAUUUUGGGUUGACUUUCGACCUUAUAUCCAGCGAUGUAAAAGUUGAAAUGUAUAAAUCUAAUCAGGAAAUAGCAGAAUCUCGAAUUAACACAGAUUUUUUUUUGCCUACUUUGCAUAAACUUUUGGAAUUAACCAACGAACCAAAUUGCGACAUCAUAUCAAUACUUUGUGAGCUGUAUACCAGCCAUGGGAAUAAAUUGUUAUCCAAAUUAUGCGAUUUCAUUUCGGUGUGUUUGUGGUCACUACACUGUAUUUUUGCAUACAAACCGCAAGUGAUUAAAAAAUUUUCCCACGAACAUUUGAUUGGUAAUCAAUUAGACAGGUUUACUUUGCUUUGGAAUUUUGUGGCUGAUGAUAAGUCGCGUAUAGACGAUUUUAGGGACAUUGUGAUGAAAGCUAUCAACCAUAUCACUGACGUUACUAGCGAAAGAUACAGACCAAAAUUUUCACUGAAGAUGUUUAAAUUAGCUAGGAAUUCAGAAAUCAUCCCCCGCGACUACAUGAAAUUACUGCGAAAUACGAUGAACAUAAAGUGCCUACUAUGUAACAACAAACCAUUGUCUCCUGCCGUAUGCCUGUUUUGUUGCAGAUGGAUUUGUUUGUAUUGCAAGGAGGGGGAUAAAUACAUGGGGGCUUUUGACCACGCCUCCAGAUGCAGUUUUGGCUGUGGAUGCUUAUUCCUAGUCCAUCAACGCAAGGUUCUAUAUGUCUGCAGCUACACCAAAAGACAUGCCUAUGUAGAUUCAAUUUACAAUGGACCAUUUGGAACUUUUAGGGAAAAUUUCACCAGUAAUUCUCCAUUAGAACUCUCUAGAUCUCGGUUGGUAACCAUCGCAAAUGAUCUCUUCUUCAACAGACGCUCAAUAAAGUGGCAACGGACGAGGUCGAACUUGUUGAACGAGGAGGGCGAAGACUGA